GGCGGCGCGAGCGGCGGUUCCGCCGACUUGGCGGCAGGUACCUGGCUUGGGUGGUGUUCGCUUUUCCCCGUUCCCAGGUCCACUCCCGGCGCCAACGCCCGCCUCUCGGUCCCUGAACUGCCCCGGCCAGGCCGGGAGCGACACCGCCGCCCUGGCACAGCCACCGCCACCACCGCCGCCGCGGGCACAGACAUCGCCGGGGCCGGUGAAGGUGGGCGCGGUCCCCAACCGCCGCCUGGGCAGUGUCCGCGGCGUGCCCAUGUCUUCACCGCCAGGGCGCCGGGCCCGCCUGUCGUCCCCCGGCACCGGCCGCUCGUCCUCCGAGGCCCGCGAGGAGCUGCGGCGCCGCCUCCUGGGCCUCAUCGAGAGCAACCGAGUGAUGAUCUUCAGCAAGAGUUACUGCCCGCACAGCGCGCGGGUUAAAGAACUGUUUUCUUCUUUGGGAGUUGAAUGUAAUAUCUUGGAACUUGAUCGAGUUGAUGAUGGGGCCAAUGUCCAAGAAGUGUUGUCAGAGAUCACUAAUCAGAAAACCGUGCCCAAUAUUUUUGUGAAUAAAGUGCAUAUGGGUGGAUGCGAUCAAACUUUCCAGGCUCAUCAGAGUGGCUUAUUACAGAAGCUCCUUCAGGAAGAUGCAGCAUACGAUUAUGACCUCAUUGUCAUUGGGGGAGGUUCUGGUGGCCUUGCAUGUGCACAGGAAGCUGCCAUCUUGGGAAAGAAAGUUAUGGUGCUAGACUUUGUGGUCCCAUCACCUCAGGGCAUGUCCUGGGGUCUUGGCGGUACUUGCGUAAAUGUGGGCUGUGUUCCUAAGAAAUUGAUGCAUCAAGCUGCCCUUUUGGGGCAGGCGUUAAGUGACGCCAGGAAGUUUGGCUGGGAGUACAGUCAACAAGUGAGGCAUAACUGGGAGACUAUGACAGAAGCGAUUCAAAAUCACAUCGGCUCUCUAAACUGGGGCUGCAGGUUGUCCUUGAGGGAGAAGGCCGUGGCCUAUGUCAAUUCCUAUGGAGAAUUUGUUGAACAUCAUAAAAUAAAGGCAACCAAUAGAAAAGGACAGGAAACUUACUAUACUGCUGCAAAAUUUGUCCUAGCGACAGGCGAAAGGCCCCGCUAUUUAGGAAUCCAAGGAGAUAAAGAGUACUGUAUUACUAGUGAUGACCUGUUUUCUCUGCCUUAUUGCCCUGGCAAAACAUUAGUGGUGGGUGCAUCUUAUGUCGGUCUGGAAUGCGCAGGGUUUCUUGCUGGCAUUGGCUUAGAUGUCACGGUUAUGGUGCGCUCAGUCCUUCUUCGUGGCUUUGAUCAAGAAAUGGCAGAGAAAGUGGGUUCCUACAUGGAGCAACAUGGUGUUAAGUUCUUAAGAAAAUUUGUACCUGUGAUGGUUCAGCAGUUGGAGAAAGGUUCACCCGGAAAGCUGAAAGUAGUGGCUAAAUCCACUGAAGGACCAGAAGCUAUUGAAGAAGUAUAUAAUACAGUUUUGUUAGCAAUUGGUCGUGACUCCUGCACAAGGAAAAUAGGUUUGGAGAAGAUCGGUGUCAAAAUCAAUGAGAAGAGUGGCAAAAUACCAGUAAAUGAUGUGGAACAGACCAAUGUGCCCUAUGUUUAUGCUGUCGGGGAUAUUCUGGAGGGUAAACUUGAGCUCACACCAGUUGCCAUACAGGCAGGCAAGCUGCUGGCUCGCAGACUUUUUGCUGGCCAUUUGGAAAAGUGUGAUUAUGUUAAUGUUCCAACUACGGUGUUUGCUCCUUUGGAAUAUGGCUGCUGUGGAUUGUCUGAAGAGAAAGCUAUUGAAGUGUAUAAAAAAGAGAAUCUCGAGGUGUACCAUACUUUGUUCUGGCCUCUUGAAUGGACAGUGGCCGGCAGAGACAACAAUACUUGUUAUGCAAAGAUAAUUUGCCAUAAAUUCGACAAUUAUCGGGUGAUAGGAUUCCAUGUUCUUGGACCGAAUGCCGGUGAGAUCACCCAAGGGUUUGCGGCAGCAAUGAAAUGUGGGCUCACAAAACAGCUACUUGAUGACACCAUUGGAAUUCAUCCCACAUGUGGUGAGGUGUUUACAACUUUGGAAAUCACAAAGUCGUCGGGACUAGACAUCACGCAGAAAGGCUGCUGAGGCUAGCCCCGCUGCUGUUUGGUUUUCCUUGUCCUAUUCCCAUUUCUCUCGAAGAUAAGAAUGCCCCCCGGGGAAAGUGAGUCGGUGCUCAUGCACCUGCUCUCUUGCACAGGGCCCAGUGCUGGACUUCUCUUCCCAGCACAGAGAUGAGAAAGACGAGGAGGCAGGACGGCAGCGGGCGUGUGCUUAGCGGGCUCGGCCUGGCUGGGAGAGGCAGUUGGGCUGCCUCCUUGACGUCUUGGCUCGGAACCCGUUGUGAGGUGAGCUAAGGCUGAUGCUCUUCCAUGUCAGAAUCGGGCUUCCCUCUGAAGGACCUUGCAAGCACACAACUAAUCCAAGUUAACUUUUCUGGUUGCUGGUGUUUUUAUCCCCUUGCUUUGUUAUUUCUCUGAAAGUGUUUUCUCCAUGUCGAAACUGACCGGAAAGUGGCGAGCCUGCAGUAUGUGGGCCUGGAAUUCCGUGUGGUCACUGGUGCACGGUGUCCUGGAAAUGCCGUCGCGUAGCUGGCCGCGGGCGUGGGUGCACGAGUAGGAGGUUGCGCACACUGUGUAGAGUUCAGUCAGCCGUAUCCGGCAUACCCACCGUCAGACUCCCGCCUCCUGCCUCACCCUCUCCGGGUUCCCAGUGGCGGCAACCUUGGAGUCCUCUCUUAUUAGUGUCUCGUGUCAGAGACACGCUCAAAUUUCUUCUCUACGUUGAUCUUAAGAAUAAUAUUAAAACGUUUUCAAUACUGUAUGAUGCGAAAUCUAACGAACUUAAAACUCUUUAAAAUGAUUCAGUCUCUUUAAAAUGAAUUGCAGUCAAGUUCAGUAAAUGGACAGGUGAUGGGAGAUUCUAUUCGAAUCUGCAUCUGUCAGCAUCUAAGAGGCCCUUGAAGUGGGGACCUGUCCAAGGUCCUUUUGGAAAAUCCAUUGUUUUCUUGGGCGCACAUCACAGAGCAGCCAGUGCGAGGAAGACAGCCAGUGCUCUCCUGAGCAGGCUGUGGGCCAUGGGCCCACUGUCGUAGGGUUGGAUAGGUCUGUGGUCAGAAUUUCUAGCCAGAGGUUUCAAACGAAAAAUUUGAGGCCAUUCAGCAGUUGGGGAACACCAUCUGUAGAUUGAGCCUUUUGCUCCCCUCUCCGGAGGCAGAGUGUGGAACAGGCCUGGAGUGGGGAGGGGGACCUGAGGGCCUGACAGAGGAUCCAGUUAUUGAGUUGCCUUUUUAUUGGGGAGAGAAAGAUACAAAUAUAACUCUGCAAAGUAAGCCUGGUUGUUGCAGUUGCUAUAACCCAGGUAGAGACAGCCCGGUGAAAAACGGGAAGACGCUAUUAAUUUCCAUUGGAUAUGGGGUGGGGGUGGCUGAUAGAUCAGGGUUUAAUGAAAGCAGCUGUAUUUAAACUGAACCAUGAGGGAUGAGUAGGAUUUCAAGGAUCUGAAGCAAUCUGGAGAGGCUCUGAAUGAUGCUUUUGAAGGGUUCAACUAAAAUUCUAGAUAAAAUAAUUUUUAAAAACUUUGUUACUAUAUUGCUGAGCAUCACAUACAUGCAAACAACCAAGGGUUUGUAGGACCCCAAAUGAAAUGAAACCAGGAAGCAUAAUGCAGAAAACCUGAAAGCCCAGGCCUGCCCAGGUAAGGUUCCAAAUAGGAAGCCUUUGUGUAAAGCUGGGACCCCAAUAGGCUGUACCCGCAGUGGGAGGGUGAGCAAAAAACAUACUCUGCUUCCCGAAAAGAAGCAGCAAGGAAACUUGGCUAUGUUCUUAGGAGGAAGGAAGUAAUUCACUCAAAGAAUUUUAACCACUCUCCGGGUUGCAGGCUAUUGGGGAGGCUAGUUAUCUUCCCUUUGCAAGGAGGAGAUUGGGCUUAGAUGUAAACCUAUCUGUAAUUGGCUCCCUCAUACUCUUCCUCCCCCUUUCAUCUCUUUUCUCUCCUCUCCUCUUCUGGGGUAAAGGUGGGCCUGAGAUAAUGGUGACAGAUUAGGUUUACCAGAAGAUAAAAUGUGUAUGUACCUAAUAACAUACAGAUGCAUACAGAUUUGCAAGGAAAAAUAGACAUCCUCUAUUAUAGUAGAGAUUUUAAUAUUCCUCAGUAAUUAGAUCAAACACAAGAAAAGUCAGUAAAUUACUGAGCCAUAGAAAAGAAUGAAAUCUUGUCAUUUGCAACUACAUGGAUGGAACUGGCGAGUAUUAUGUUAAGUGAAAUAAUUCAGUCAGAGAAAGACAAAUACCAUAUAUUUCACUCAUAUGUGGAAUUUGAGAAACAAAACAGAUGAACUAGGGGAAGGGAAGGAAAAAAAUGAAAACAGGGAGGCAAAUUAUAAGAGACUCUUAACUCUAGGAAACAAACAGGGUUGCUAGAGUGGAGAUGUGGGGUGGGGGAUGGGGUAGUUGGGUGAGGGUAUUAAGGAGGGCACAUGAUGGACUGAGCCCUGGGUGUUAUAUGCAACUGGUGAAUCACUAAAUUCUACCCCUGAAACAAAUAAUACAGUAUAUGUUAACUAAAUUGAAUUUAAAUAAAAAAAAUUUUAAAAGUCAGUAAAAAAAAAUACAGGUUUGAAUAAUAUAAUUAACAAGCUCAGUUUAAUGAACUCAGAAGAGCAUCACAUUCAACAUGAAAGCUUACUCAUUUCAAGCACACGUGGAAUAUUUACAAACUUCGCUUAUGCUAGCUUCAACAAAUUUCAGAAGACUGAUAUCAUAAAGGAAUGGGCAAAAAGAUUUCUGCUGCAGGACUAACACUAAGAAACCAGGAACCUUAAAAUCCGUACAGUGUGAUGGAAAGUGAGGUAUGGAGGUAGUGUGAGGUGAGUGAAGGGUUAGAGGGAGAUCAAGCUGGAAAGAGCUAGGUUAGAGCCAGGAACCAGUCAACAAGAAGGAGUUCUGGAAAAAUCCUAGACUUUGAAGAAUGAUGACUUGUGAAUGCCUGGUCCUGUGACUUAUGACAUAUGACUUAUAUGACAGAAAAAGUUGCUUAACUUUUCUUAUUCUUCAUUUAUUAUGUAUGGACAAUAUUGCUUGUUUCACAGACUUAAACACAUUUAUUAAGUUCCUUGCAUACUGCAUAUUGGUGUAGGAUAUCUUGGCUUCUGUGAUCAUAAAUUGGGGCCUUAUUAAGGAAAGCUCUUGUAGACGCACAAUAGUAUAGCCAAUAGAUAGGCUGAUGGGAGAAAUAUUGACAAAUCAGUGCUUUGGCAGACUUCACCGUGGUAGGCAGCCUCCAAGUUGGCUCCCAGGUUGGACUCCCCAGCUGCAGGUAAUCACAUCCUUGUGUAGUCUCCUCCCACAUUGUACCAAGGUUGGUCUCUGUGACCAGUAGCAUUGGCAGAAUUGGUGGUAUGCACUUCUAAGAUUAGGUCAUAAAAGGACAUGCACUCUCUUGGAUCACUUACUCUGGGAGAAGGCAGCUGCCAUGUCAUGAAAACUCUCAGGAAGCCCAUGAAGAGGCCCAGGUGGUGAGGAACUGAAGUUUCCAGCCAACAGCAAGUACCUAAGGUCUGCCAUUGUCCAUGUGAAUGAGCUUGGAAGUGAAUACUUCCCAGGCAAUUUUUCCUCCAGCUAGCAGCCUGACUGAAAUUUCAUUAGUGGUUUUGGGCCACUCCCAGAGUCCUGACCCUCAGGAACUGUGAGAUAAUAAUUAUUUUUUAAUCCACUAAGUUUUGGAGUAAUCUGCUACACAGCAAUAGAUACCUAAUAUGGCCACCGAGGAAAAUUAGAAGUAGUAGAAAUCUAUUCAGAUAACUAAAAUGUUUUGGGGACUUUUUUCCUAUGACAAAUAAAAUAAAGCUCAUACAGAUUUGGGAUCUCAACAAAAAGGGAGUGGAGCUCAAACUUAGUACUGAACUGAACUCCUCAUCAUGGAGAAAGUAACCCCAAAUGGGAAAGUUCAAGAAGCCUCAGUGGAGUGCCUUCUGAGUUGGUGGUCCUGGGCUGUGGCUGUGGUGGGUCCCUGCUAAACUUCCUUGGAGCAUCCAUGAUUGUCAAAGCUCACACUGAAAAACAAAACAAAAUGACAAAACCCUGGAGAAACCUGUUCAUACAAAGGUGGGUUCAUCAAACUUAGCAAGGGAGAGCACUACCUUGACAGAGUCUUGGUGUCCUCUCAAAUGGGAGCUAGGGAAGGGUACCUAGAGGAUUUGGGAGGCCAGAGUUAGUUAAGGAGUAGUUACACAAUAAAGGUUAGUAAGUGGGUCUGGGCAGGAAUUGGCCAGAAUUUGUAAUUGAGGCUAGCUACUGGAAAAGUGUCAGUGGUCUUAUCUUUGGAAUUUGGGAUGGAGCUCCUGGGUGGCUCAGUUGAUGAAGCAUCUGACUCUUGAUUUCAGCUCAGGUCAUGAUCUCAGGGUCAUGAACUCAAGUCCCACACCAGGCUCCAUGUUUAGGGUGAAGUCUUCUUGAGAUUUUCUUUCUCCCUCUCCCUCUGCCCCUCCACCAGUCAUGUGCACACUCUCUCUCCAAAAUAAAAUUAAAAAAAAAAAAAAAGAAUUUGAGAUAUAUGAGACCAUACAGAGCUACUGUUACUGUAGUCUUCUCUUGGAACAUACAGCUCUAAGUGAGUAGUGUUAAUACAGCUUGACUUGUAUGAUGUGGUUUACAACACUUUAUGUUUUUGAAUAGUAGUGCAGUUUUUCAAGUUGUGGUUUAUUUCCCAGUGAAGAAUCAUCCAGUGCUUUUAAGCAGGGUGUGACAGGGAAACCUGUUAGGAAUUUAAUGCAAGAGAUCACCAAGUAUUUAUGUAGAUUUAUGCUUCCACCCGUGCUACUAGAUGUAAUAGCCCACCAUAAGCAAACUGGAGGAAAUAUGAAAUGACUACACUCAGCCAUGGAACAACGGUGUAGGACUAUGAUCCUUGAGAGAAGGGAAAUGUGAAGUGAUCCAAUUACCCCAAAUUUCUGCCAGGAAGUACUUUUCAGACUACAAACACAAGGGAGAACCCGAAUCAAAGAAGCCUGGCUAUCUUGCUAAAGUGAGGUGGGGGUUGGAGUUCAGGAAGGCUAAGGCAGCUGGAAGUUGCGGGUUGGAGGCUAUGCAAAAAAGGGCUCCAGAAUUAUGCAACAGGAUCCCCUUGGGUCUUUGCUGAACACUAAGCUACACAUCCUCAGAGUAAAAUCUUGAAAGGUAAGGCAAGAAAUAAUGAGGAGUUGUAAGUUUGCCACAGGUCUUAGAAGAUGAAAAAUUCUAAUUGACCAGCAGAGGAGAGUCCUCAAUAAUACCCCAGGCAUUAAGUGGAAACCUUUAUGGGGUCAUGCCUUAGUGAUAAACUGAACUAUCCCAGGAGGGAAGUCUACUGUAGACCUACCCUAACAGUGUAUAAAAAUAGACUUUAAUGGAAUCAAGAUGAUUUGGAAGUCACUGCCUGCAAAAGAAAGCACAACACUUUCUAGGAAGACAACAGAACAUUCAACACUAUAACAAUAAUGUCCAAUAGCCAGUCAAAAAUUACUAGACAUGCCAAGAAGCAGGAAAAUACCCAUAAUAAAAAUCUGUGAAUGGAAAUAGACCCAGAAAAGACUACCUGAUUGAACUAACACCCAAGCAUAUUAAAACCACUAUUAAAACUAUGCACAAGUAUUUAAAGGGAAACAUGAAAACAAUGAAAAAAAAGUGGAAGAUAUUUAAAAGAACCAAAAUAGCUUGUAGAGAUGAAAAAUAUAAUACCUGUUUUAGGCAUAACAAGUAAAUUUAAUGUGGUAUCCUGGAUGGGAUUUUGGAAUAGAAAAAGACAUUGGGUAAAAACUAAAGAAAUCUGAAUAAAGUAUGGACUUUAGUUAAUAAUAAUAUAUCAGUAUUGGUUCAUGAAUUGUACUGUGUGCCAUACUAAUAAGGAAACUAGGUGAGGGGGUAUAUGGGAACUCUACUUUCUUCUCUCUUCCUUCUCCUUUGUAAAUCUAAACUGUUUAAAAGUAGAAACCUUUUUUCUAAAUGAAAAAGAUCCUGCAGACAUUUAAAAAAUAGUAGAAUAUCUUGAUCAAUGUUAUCCCAGUGUAUUCAACAAGUUCGAGAAAAAUGGACAAGUACCUAAAAAGACACAAAGCACCAAAACUAAUUCAAGAAGAAAUAGAAAAUCUAAAGAGCACUACAUUCAUUAAAUAAAUAGAAUGUAUAACUUAAAGUCUUCCUAUGGUGAAAAAUCAAGGACUAGAUGGUUUUGCUGUCAAAUUCUAUCAAACAUUUAAGGAAGAAAAAACAAGUUCUAUACAAAUGUUUCAUAAAUAGAAGAGGAGGAACACUUGCAACACUGAGUCCAGUGUAACCCUUGCAACACUGAAUCCAGUGUAACCCUGCUACCAAACACUGACAAAUAUUUUGAAGGAAAGAUAGCUAUACACCAAUAUUACUCAUGAAAGUCAACUCAACCUUCCUAACAAAAUACCACCAAAUUGAAUCCAGCAACAUAUAAAAUGGAUGAUACAUCAUGACCAAGUUUGCUCCAGGAAUUCAGGAUUGGUUCAAGUUAUGGGCUGGGGAGGAGAAAACAAUAUAGUUAUCGCAGUAGAUGCAGGAGACAAAAUUUAAUACCAACUUAUGAUAUAAACUCUCACAAACUAGGAUGAGAAGAAAACAUGCUCAAACUAGUAAAGAGUCUCGACAAAAGGAAACUAUAGCCAACAACAUACUUAAUGGUGUGCCUUGAGAACAAGGCAGGGAUGCCAACCUGCACCAUUUAUAUUCAGCACUAUAGUGGAGGUCCUAGGCAGUGCAACAAUACAAGAAACAUAAACAGAUUUGAAAGAGAAACAUAGACUAUCCUUAUUUGUAGAUGACAUGAUUGUGUACCUAGAAAAUCUUAAGAAAUUGGGGCGCCUUGGUGGCAUCAGUUGAUUGACCAACUCUUGGUUUGAGUUCAGGUCAUGAUCUUAGGGUCCUUGGAUUGAGCCCUGCAUCAGGCUCUGUGCUCAGCAUGACUCUGCUGGAGAUUAUUUCCUUCUCCCUCUGCUUUUCCUCUGCUCAAACACACUCUCUCACUCUCUCUCAAAUGAAAAAAUAAAAUCUUUAAAAAAAAAAAACAAGAAAUUUACCCAAAAAAUCUACUAGAAUUUGUAGGUGAACUUAGGAGUCAAAGAAUACAAAAUCAAUAUACAAAAUCAAUUGUAUUUCUAACUACAAAGCAUUGUGAAUUGAAAAUAAAGACUAUAACAGCAUAUAAAUAUGAAACACUUUGAGAUAGAUCUAAUGAAAUAUAUGUAAGACCUAGAGACUGAAACUAUAAAACAUUUCUGAGAGAAACUAAAAACCUAAAUAAGAAAUAUACCAUUUUCACUAUUAGAAGACUCAGUGUUAAGUUAUUCCUUUCUCCUUAAAUUGAUUUUUAGAUUCCAUGCAACUCCAGUCAAAAAUCCCAGCAGAUCUGCUGGCAAAAAAAAAAAAAAAAAAAAUUCUUAGGGUAUCUGGGUGGCUCAGUCAUUUGAGUGUCCACCUCUUGACUUUGGCUCAGGUCAUGAUCUCAGGGUCGUGUGAUCAUGCCCUGCAUCAGGCUCUGUGCUCAGCGUAGAGUCUGCUUGGGAUUCUCUCUCCCACUCUCUCUGCCCCUCCACCACCCCCUCCCUUUCAAAUAAAUAAACAAAUCUUUUUAAAAAUUCCCUUUUCUUUCAUUGGAGAAUGUCUUUAUUUCAUCUCCAUUCCUGAUGGAUAUUUUUGCUGGGUAUAGAAUUCUGGUUCUUUUUUUCAGCAUUUAAGAAAUGUGCCAAUUCCUUUCGCUUCUGUGGUUCUAAUGGCAAAUCUGCCAUAAUUUGAAUUGUUGUUCCUCUCUAGGUAAUAUGUUGAUUUUUUCUGGCUGCGUUUAAGGCCCAUUCUUUGUCUUUAGUUUUUAGUAGUUUGAUUAUGAUGCAUUUAGAUGUGGAUUUCUUUGGCAGAUUAUUUAUUUGGGGUUCACAAAAUUUCUUUAAUAUGUAGGUUUAUGUCUUUUGUCAAAUUUGGUAAGUUUUCAGCCAUUAUUUCUUUAAAUAUGUUUUUAUCCCUAUACUCUUUUUCCUCUCCUCUGGGAUUCUGAUGACACAAAUGUUCAAUCUCUUAUCAUUACCCCCAGAGAUCCAUGGGGCUCUGUUUAUUUUUAAAAAUCUUUUUUUACCUCUCAGUUGUUUAGACUGGGUAAUUUCUAAUGACCUCUCUUCAAGUUUACAGACUUCCCUGUUGUCUCUAUUUUGCUAUUGAGUCCAAUAAUUUCUUAUUGCAUUUUUCAGUUCUAAAGUUCUCAUUUAUUUUUUAUGUCUUCUGUUUCUUUCUUGAGACUUCUAUCUUUUUAUUCAUUUCAAGAGUGUUUUCUGUUGUUAGAGAUUUUUAUAACAGCUGUUUUCACAGCUCUGUCAGCUAUGAAUGUGUUACCUCAGCAUCGCCAUCUAUUUAUUGUCUCUUCUCAUGCAAAUAGAGAUUUUACUGGUUUUUCAUAUACCAAAUUAUUUUGUAUUGUAUCUCAGAUAUUUGGGGCAUUAUGUUAUGAGUUUCUUGGUCUUCUUUAAAUCUUACAGAGAAAGUUGACAUUUUUGUUUUAUCAGGCAGUUGAGCUGAUUGGGUUCAGUUCACAAGUUUGAGCAAGCAUUCUGUGUUGUGAAUUCAAUGUUGGUUCCUUUUCCACAGUGUCUAUGCCCAGUAUUCUCUCUGUGAUUGGGCUGCCCCAUAAUUCAAUUCUCAACAUCAGUAGUAUGUUAUAUGGUCAUAUCCAUGAAUAUACAGUGUGGGCAUUGAGCCCAGAGGUUUACGGACAACUUUAUGGUGUCACUUCUCCACGUUCCUCCCUCUCCACGAUCUCAGCAGUAUUUUUUUGUUCUCUGGGCCCCACAGCUGGGGCUUUAUUUACCUCAUUCUGCCACACACUUUAUGCAACUGUGUCCACAUCAGGGGCCCAGUGGUUCCUCUCCCUCAGAGUUUUAGACAUCUGUCUUCCCUGCUGUUCCUGCCACCACUGUUGUUGCCAUGGGGCAGAGGGAACAGAGAAGAAAACCCACUCACUCUCUGAGGGUUAAGGGACCCCCAUCCCCACUCCUCAAGCCAGAAGUAGAAAGGUUUCAACUCGCUCCUUCUCUGUCCUCACCGAUACCCAGUUUAGCAUUUCAGGCUACACUGAGUCCAGACUGGGGGCUAUGAAAUAGAAAAUAGAUGUUAAACUCACUGCCAGUUUAGUGUCCCAAUUCUUUUUUAUCUUCUUCCCCAAUUCUGCUACUAUUUACUUUCCAGCCUCAUUGCUAUUCUGCAUUCUGUCCAGAUUUUAUAGCUGGAAGAGACAGGAUGGAAUGUGCUAGCUUUUUCUUAUGCAGAACUAGAACCUUCCAGCAGUCUUUUUUAAAAAACUAAAUUGUGGGGCGCCUGGGUGGCCCAGUCGUUAAGCGUCUGCCUUCAGCUCAGGUCAUGAUCCCAAGGUCCUGGGAUCAAGCCCCGUGUCAGGCUCCCUGCUCAGUGGUAAGCCUGCUUCUCCCUCUCCCACUCUCCCUGUUUGUGUUCCCUCUCUCACUGUCUCUCUCUCUGUCAAAUAAAUAAAGAAAGAAAAAUCUUUAAAAAAAUAAAUAAAAAAUAAAUAAAUUGUGAAAAAACAAAUGCUCCAAUUAAAAAAUGGGCAGAGGACCUGAAUAUAUAUUUUUUCAAAGACGAUAUACAGAUGGCCAACAGACACAUGAAAAGAUGUUCAGUAUUACUAAUCAUCAGGGAAAUGCAAAUAAGAACCAUAAUGAGAUAUCACCUUAUACCUGUCAGAAUAGCUAGUAUCAAAAAGACAAGAAAUAACUAGUGCUGGUGAGAUGUAGAGGAAAGGGAACCCUCAUGCACCACUGGUGGGAAUGUAAAUUGGUGCAGCCACUGGGGAAAACUGUAUGGAGAUUCCUCAAAAAAUUAAAAGUAGAAAUACUGUAUGAUCCAAUAAUUCCACUAGUAGGUAUUUACCUAAAGAAAACAAAAACACUAAUUUGAAAAGAUACAUGCCCCCAUGUUUAUAGCAGCAUUAUUAUUUACAAUGGCCAAAAUAUGGAAGCAGCCCAAGUGUCCAUGGACAGAAGAAUGGAUAAAGAAGAUGUGGUAUAUAAUGGAAUAUUACUCAUCCAUCAAAAAGAAUGAGAUCUUGCAAUUUGCAACAACAUGUAUGGACCUAGAGGGUACUAUUCUAAGUGAGAUAGGUCAUACACAGAAAGACAGAUACCAUAUGAUUUCACUUACAUGUAGAAUGUAAAAAACAAAACAAAUGAAAAAACAAUCAGAAAGAAACCCAUAAAUACAGAGAAUAAACUGAUGGUUGCCAGAGGGGAGGAAGGCAAAAAGGGUUUGGGCAAAAUGGGUGAAGGGAGGUGGGAAGUAUAGGCUUCCAGUUAUGGAAUGAUAAGUCAUGGGGAUGAAAGGCACAGCACAAGGAACGUAGUCAAUGGUACUGUAGCAGCGUCAUAUGGGGACAGAUGGCAGCUACACUUGUGGUGAACAUAGCAUAACAUGUAGAGUUAGUCACAUCACCAUGCUGUACACCUGAAACUAAUGUGACAUUGGGUGUUCACUACACCCCAGUGAAAAAUUAAAGACAAAAAAAAACACUGGGUGGCACAGUUGUUUAAGCUCCCUACUCUUGGUUUUGGCUCAAGUCGUGAUCUCAGGGUUGUGGGAUCGGGCCCUGUGUUGGGUUCCAUGCUGAGCACUGAAUCUGCUUGGGUUUCUCUCUCCCUCUCCUUCUGCCUCUCUCCCUGCUCGCUCACACACACUCUCUCUCUCAAAUAAAUAAAUAAAUUAAAAAAAAAAAAGUUCAUGCAGAUUAAAUAGACUUUUGUAUCAUGUUUAAAAGAUAAAUAAAUACGAAUAAAAAUAAAUAGUGAAAAACUGAAUCUAAAAUUUAUAUGAAGAUGUGGUGGAUUUCCAGAUAGCUAAAACUACAUUGGAAAAUAGAGGUUUAUUAAUUUUUUUAUUACUUUAUUUCUUUACUUACUAUAACACUGCAGUAGCCAAGACAGUGUGGUAUUGGCAUAAGGAUGGAUAAAUAGAUCAUUGGAGCAGAAGCACAGUCCAGAAAUAGGCCACCUAUAUUGGUCUGUUGCUUUGACAAAUGUACUGAGGUAAAUCUAUGACAAAAUGAUAAACUUUUCAACAAAAUGAAAGGUGUUGCUGGAACAAGUGGGUAUCCAUAAGGGGAAAAGAUGAACUUUGGCCUUCUCUAAUCACAAACAAAAAUCAACUAAAAUGGAUUAUAAUAAAACCUAAAACUUCUAGAAGAAAUCAUAGGUGAAAACUUCAUGAUUGUGAGGUAGACAAAGAUUUCUUAGUAUUCAAAAAGUAUGAAUCAUAAAAGAAAAGAGGGAUAAAUUGUACUUGAUCACUUUUUAAAAAUUCAAUUAGUCAACACAUAGUACAUCAUUAGUUUCACAUGUAGUGGUCAGCAAUUCGUCAGUUGCUUAUAACACCCAGUGCUCAUCACAUCACAUGCCCUCCUUAAUGCCCAUCACCCGGUUACCCCAUUCCCCCCCACCUCCCCUCCAGCAACCCUCAGCUUGUUUCCCAUAGUUAAGUCUCUCAUGGUUUGUCUCCCUCUCUGAUUAAAACCUCUUUGAAAGACGGCGUUUAAAAAGUGAAAUGUGAGCCACCAAUUAGGAGAAAAAUAUUUGCAAUGCACAUAUCCAACAGAGGACUUGUAGUCAGAGUAUACAGUUUCCUUACUGGUCAAUAAGAAGAGAAACAACCCAAUAAAAAAUGGGCAAAAGAUUUGAGCAGAAUUUCUUCACACUUGGCAACAAAAGUACACACUUGACCAAAAAAAGCAACAUAAAAACUAGCCCGACAUCACUGGGGUAGGGAAAUACAAGUGAAAAACACAGCAAGAAACUACUGCACAUCCACUAGGAUGGCUAAAAUUUAUACUGACAAAACCAAAUGUUGGUGGGGAUGUGUAGCAACAGGAACUCUCAUACGUUUUUGGUAGGAGUGUGGAAUGGUUGAACUACUUUGAAAACAGUUUGGCAGUUCCUAAGUUAGUCACAUACUUAACCAUAUGUCCCAGCAAGUCAUCUCCUGGGUGUCGCACAAAAAUUCAUGUGUGAAUAUUCAGAGCAAGUUUAUUCAUAACAGCAUAAAAUUGUAAAAACCCAAAUGUCCAUUGAAAGAUGAAUGGAUGAACAAAUUGUGAUAUAUUCAUAUAAUAAAAUAUUAUUCAACAAUAAAAGAUGAAUGAACCACUGGCAAAUGCAACAGCAUAUAUAAAUUUCAAGAUCAUUAUUUUGAGCAAAAGAAGCCAGGCUAAAAAAAUAUAUACAUUACUUGUGUAUGUUCAUACUUGUGUAUGAAAUUCUAGAAAAGGCCAAUCUACUUUAUAGUGAUGAAAAGCGAUCAUUGCUCACCUAGAGGUGAGGGUCAGUGAUUGCAAAGGAGGACUUCUUGGAUCUUGAUUGUGGUGGUGGCUACCGAAUUGCAUGAAUUCAUCAACUCAUCGAUUAAUCAUAAGUCAGAAUGAACACUUAAAUGGGUGCAAAUUUACAGUAUGUAAAUUAUACUUCAAAAUUGAUUUUUAUUCAAUGUUUAUUGAACAUUUCCUAAAUAGUAGGCCCUGGUUGGGUGAGAAGAAUGAGUGUAGCAAGAGGAAUUGGGGGUGUCUCAAAUGUUUGUGGCUGAAGUGGCUGAGAAGAGGAUGAAUCAAGAGAGAUAAGGAUCCAGAUAGAGGGGUGUGUGUGUGUGUGUGUGUUUGUGUCUGUGUGUGUGUGUCUGUGUGUCUGUGUGUGUGAUCCUGAGUUGGCAUCUGUGACUCAGUGCCUCAGAAUUUGCCCAUUUGUAGACUGGCAAUUUCAUGAAGCCCCCGAUCAGUAAUGUAUUCCAUUAGCACUGACGGACUGCCCCAAGGUUUGAUUAUUUGUUCCCCACUGUGACCAGCAUCUAGGAAGGGCCAUGUGGCAUCAGUGCCCAGGUCUAGUGGCAUCAUUGUUUCUGUUUGCACUACCUGCUUAGAGCUCCUAUGGAUUGAACCAGGCUACCUCUACCCCAGUUCACCCAGAUUUCUUCAGUCCUUCUACGUUCCCCCUAAAUUCAAAGAUGAUACGUGACUGCCACAGUUUGGGGAGCGAUGAACUUGGUUUCAAUUCUCUUUUGUUAGAUCACCUGCCAAGUAAGUGGGGAAAAAACUGAAAUUUAUUGUGGCUUUCCCGGGAAGAAGUUUCUACCAUGGGGAUGAAUGCAGGAUGGCAGUUUUGUACUUGUUUGCUCGGUGAUGUAAAUCUUUGGGUGAAAUCACGGCUGGAUGUUGGCAAAGCUGUGCAGACGGAGUGGGCCAUGCGAGGGAACGCACUCAGUGCACGCACUCAUGGCAGACAUGCUGCGACUCUAUCCCCCCAAAUUGCCUUCUUAAAACACAACUGAUUCCUCAGUAUGUUUUCUCUGUGUGAUACUAAUGACCACAGACCAUUGAAUCAGCUCUUCCCUGGAGGCUCUCUGAUUAUACUAGGUGGGGAAUGUUCUCUGCACUGCUUAAUUGCCUUCAUCCCCUUCUAAAGGCAAAAGCCCCCGUCACAGAAAGCUGUGAUGACUUUGUAAGGUGGUAUGCAUGACUCCUUCACCUUAAACUGAACGCCGGUGAACUCAUUCACUAUCACUGACAGCCGUUAGCUCGUCGGGUGGAACUGCCAGGUGAAGUGAGCGGUGUGACUACCACAGCGCUGGGAAAUCAUGCUCGCUCCUUCAGCCUGUGGGGGACACACUGUGCCUUAGACCCAGCCUCGCCUGGGAGUUGUAUAUGGUCUCUGCCCUCCAAGAGUUUACAGUUGAGUGGGAAUACCAGACACAGAUAAGUAGUCAAGUAUACAAAUUAGUUUUGUCAUCUCUAGGGAAGCAAAUGACUCUUGAAUUCUAUCAUAAGCCAGACCGAUGCUUGGGUCACACAUUUAUCUAACCUAAUCAUAUCGAUUAUAAGCACAGAUGAGGAAACCAUGUCCACAAGGAGAGUUACCUGUGCAGCCGGGUUUCACACCUAAGCUUGUCGACUCCAAACGCAAUCCUUUUGCAUUCUAUCACAGCAGCAGGGGAGAAUGUUACUAAAUUCAUGGAUCAGGGCUCUGUUUUUGUUUAGUGUGACCAGGACAUUUUACCGUUGGUGGGGAGGGAUAUAACUGGUCUGCCAUCUUCCACUCGUUAAAAUUGCCAUAAAAGAGGGGCGCCUGGGUGGCUCAGAUGGUUAAGCAUCUGCCUUCGGCUCGGGUCAUGAUCCCGGGGUCCUGGGAUCGAGCCCCACGUCUGGCUCCUGGCUCAGCGGGGAGCCUGCUUCUUUCUCUGCCUCUCCCUCUGGUCGUGCUCUCUCUCUCUGUAUCCCUGUGUCUCGAGUGAAUAAAUAAAAUCUUUAAAAAAAAAUUGCCAUAAAAGAGAAACACUUCAGUUUGAGAGGCAUGUGCAUUUAAAGGCAGAGACCCAUCCUCGCUUAGAAUCUCUUCUACUGAUGGAAAUUUGAGCCUCUCAGGGUGAUCAGAGACCAGGCUGUGGCUGUUCAAGCGGUUCAGACAAAGUCCUCAGCUGCAAUCCCUCAGCCAUCCAUGCUGCUUGUAGCCAUCAACGGGAAGACCCGGGGCUCAGGUUGUUCGCUGGCGAGGAUAAAUGAGGCUUCUUUGGGACAGGAGGGGUUUGCCUCAUCUGCUCUUGAACCAUGUCAUGCUGCAGGUUGUGUUUGGCUCCAUCUGCCUCUCUUGGGAACUCCUGGACCUCAAAUUGCUCCCCUCUUCUCCUCCACCUGGCUCCCUGGACCACCUCCACAUCCUCCUCGGGGAAGGCCACACACCUCCAAAUUAGCCUCUGGGAAUCACAUGUACAUAUUUUGAUUUCUAGGAAGUUAAGCCAUUUUCCAUUUGUCCUGCAAGUGAAAACAAAACAAAACAACUCAGUUUUAUCUGUCUUGAGAGCUUGUAGCAUUUCUCACAGAUCUGCCGGAGACGGAUUUCCCCAGCUUUUGUCUCCCUGAAAAUGUCUUUAUGCCAAUAUCAUUUUUGAGGGAUAUUUUUGCUGGCCGGAGAAGUCGAGUUUCACAUCCCCCAAGCCCCACCCUUCAGCACUUGGAGGGAUUCCCACCAUCUUCCGGUAUCCCUUGGUGCAGACCCUUGAUCAAAGGCCCUUCCCCCUUAGACCUGGCCCCUGGUUUGAGGGAGUGGGAGAGGGUGAAGAGGAAGAGGGUUCUUGGUGACCCCCAGAGCCAGAGGCGCCAUGGGAGCAGACCCACAGGUCUGGGUCUAGCCUGUGAAAGGGUGAGUGGGAGUGCAGAGGGGACUAGGGCCCCCCUCCUGGCUUGGUCCCUUCUCUUGGAAGGGCAGUAUGUAUGACACUCGCUGAGACCACAAGAAGGACUCAGAGAAAGCAAUCAGGAAACAGGCCUGUGAACACCUGGAGAGGAUGGUCAGGGGCUGGAGUCCUUUCUACAGCUCACUUUCUGCCUCCAGCCCCCAAACUGGACCCUCCUGAAGGCACAGGUGCUCCAGGACCUUCCUGAGCACAGUGAUGGGAGUCGCUGGGGACUGCCGCUCUGAGGCCCAGCGAAGGCAGCCUUCUCGCCUGCUUUGUGGCGCUGAGUGGCUAAGCUGGCAGGCACCCAGCCUGGGAACCGAUCUUGUCUGCUUUAACCCCACAACCAGACUGCAAGGCGGUAUAGCAUAUCCCCCAUCUCCGUUUGAGGAAACAUGUUCUGGGAGAUGAAGGACUUGCCCAGGGUCACACAGCUUGUAAGUGGCAGGACAGGAGCAGGCCCAGGCUGGCUAAGCCAGGUCUCGCCCUCCACAUGCCCUGUCUGCCAGGGCGCACCCACAGGGAGGCCCAGCUGGCCCUGGGGCUGUAGUUCGUGUUAAUUUUUUAUUAACCUUGUUAAUAAAGCCUUUUGGCUCUGACCAUUCCGGGCAGGGAAGUUGCUCCCAGGGCCUCUGAACGAGAUGUGGAUGUGGGCUGCCCUUGUAGAGUGGUACUUCUGGCAUGGCUAGGGGGUUGGGGAGCAGGGACUAGAGGGUCCAAUCCGAGCACACUAACAUGGGAGGGGCUAAUGGGCUGGUGCUGCGAAGAUUGAUUUCUGCACUGAAAGGUUGGUGGGUUCAGCUGCAGUGUCAGGAGAAGUGUGUGCUGGGAGUCUAGGACUGCCUGUGUGUAGUGGGGUGGCCCCCAGGCCUGGAGCAAUGUUUCUUGCCCGUGGGGAGGGGAAAGGAGGGGAUUUUGCCCCCAGGGGACAUUUGGCAAUGACUGGAGACAUUUUGGUUGUCACAACUGGUGAAUGGGGAGCUGCCGCUGACAUUUGGUUGACAGAGGACAGGGAUGCAGGCAAACAGGGCAUUCCCCACAGCAAGGGGUCAUGGCCCAAAUGUCAGCAUUGCUAAGGCUAAAGACCCCCAUCCCUCCUGACACCCUCAGUCCUUGCUGCGCCACCCUUCCCGGACCCUCCAUCCAUGCCACGGCCCCCAGAGCACACCUGCCUCGAUCACCAGAGCUGAGCCAAGAGCUCUGGCCUCCCCUAGCACUCAUCACCUGGGCCCAGUGGCCUAGAACAAUUCUUGUCCUACCUGUGUCUGAUUCUCUCCCAGGACCCCCAUCUCAGCCAAUGGCACCCCUACCCGGCCCAAACUUGGAUUAUCUUAGACAUUUCCUUCACCUCCCUCUUCACAUCCAUCCCUCUUCCACUUCCUAAAUCCCUCCUGGCGUGCCCUGCACUCUCUACCUACCCUCCCUGUGUCCAUACACCUGACGGUAGGUGGCACUCUCCUGCUUAAAACCUGACAAAGACACCUGCUUCUCCUGGGCCACAUAAGAGCAAGCACCACGUAGCACUUCCUGUGUGCAAGCACAGGGCGGAGGACCUGGACGUGGUCACUUCGUCCUCCCCACAACUGACCAUCACCCCCAUUUUACGGAGGAGGAAGCUGAGGCACAGAAAGUGUAAGUAGGAAGUCCACAGUCACCACUACCCUGUCUGUACCCGAGGCCAGUAGUCUCUGAGGCCACAGGCCAGUCUCCAGCAUGCUGCUGGUUUUCUUUGGCUGAUGAAGUUAGGGUGUGUUUUAAUUUCUAAUAUUCUGUAUUGUCCAAAAGUUCUGCAUUGAGGGUCCCUUAAACAAAGAGUUGUGAUGACCCUGCUUUGCAGUGUCCCCUUCUGUUGAGGCAUGCUGCCACCUGGUGUAUCCAUGUGCUGUCACCUGCAUCUCCCACAGUCUUCCUCCCAGCCCCAAGACACCUGCGCAGGAAUCAGCCCUGCUUUGUUAUCAUCAAAUAGACCUUUUAACUUAGGCAAGGUCAAAUUCAGAUCCAAGCUGAUGUUUUUGAAGCAAACAAACAUUCCAACAAUGUUAUUGAGGUAUAUAAUUUACAAGCUGUAAAAUUCACCUUGUUUUCAGGGUACAACUCAGUGGUUUUAAAUACACUGACAGAGUUGGGCAACCAUCAGUACAAUCCAGUGUUAGAACAUUUCCAUCCCAGAAAGAUCCCUCGAGCCCAUUGGCAGUCAAUCUCUGUUCCCACCUCCACCCAGGCAGCCGCUCAGCUGUUUCCUGGCUACAGAGAUUGGCCUAUUCUGGACAUCAUGUAUAAAUGUGAUCAUACAAUAGGUAGUUUUUAUGUAUUUGCCUUCUUUCCCUGAACGUAAUGCCCUCAGAUUUCAUCCAUGUUGUCAGUACUUCAUUCCUUUUUAUGGCUGAGUAAUAUUCCAUUAUCUGGAUAGACCACAUUUUAUUUAUCCACUCAUCAGCGAACGGACACUGGGUUGUCUCUACUUUUUGGCUACUAUCAAUAAGGCUGCUAUGAAUAUUCAUACACUAGUCCUCAUGGGCACCUGUGUUUCCAUUUCUCUUGAAAGAAAUGAGAAAAGGAAUUGCUGGUCAUAUGGUCAGUUUAUGUUUAACUUUCUAAGAAACUGCCAGCCUGUUUUUCAAAGUGGCUAUACCAAUUUACGCUCCUACUAACAAUGUCUGACAUUUUCGGUUUGUCCACAUCCUCGCCAAUAAUUAUUAUAGCCACCUAGGGGGUGCAAAGUUGUAUCUCAUUGAGGUUUUAAUUUACAGUCUCCUAAUGACUAACAAUAUUGAGACUCUUUUCCUGUGCUUUUAAGCCAAUCAUAUACCUUCUUUGAUGAAAUAUCUAUUCAAAUCUUUUGUUCAUUUUGUAAUUGGGUUGUUUUCCUAUUAUUGGGUUGUAAGAGGUCUUUCACAAACAAUGAAUCAUGGGACACUACAUCAAAAACUAAUGAUGUAAUGUAUGGUGAUUAACAUAACAAUAAAAAUUUUUUUAAAAAGAG